AUGUACUGCCUCUUCUCCCUCUGGGUCUCCACCCGCCCACCCACUAAGACCAUGAACUUCGGCUGGCAUCGCUCAGAGGUGCUGGGCGCGCUGGCCUCUGUCCUCUCCAUCUGGGUUGUGACCGGAGCCCUCGUCUACCUGGCGGCCGCCCGCAUCAUCAGGCAUAUGCAUGAGUUGCGGGACUGAGCCAUGCUGGCUACAUCCGCCAGCGCUGUUGGUGUCAACGUGGUGUACGUCUCACACAGGGCUGUGCACACCCGCGUGCCCCUGCAUACCCCCAGCCUGAGCCCUGGCCUCCCUUCCCAUACCCCUGCCACACGUGUGCUCCUGCCCCAGUGCAAGAUCGCAGACCCCAUCAGCACCCUCUUCUUCUCAGUCUUCGUCCUCGGUUCCACCUUCACCAUCCUCAGGGACGUCUUCAGAGUCCUCAUGGAAGGGACGCCGCGGGGUCUUGAGUUCGACUCGGUGAAGGAGGUGCUGCUGGGGGUGAGUGGGGUGAAGGGCGCCCACAACCUGCAUCUCUGGGCCCUGACGUUGAGCCACCACGCAGUGUCGGUGCACGUGGCUGUCGGUGAGUGCCCCACGCACGGCCCAGCCAGCUGA